AUGGCUCCGAAGGUGUUGCAAUACUUGUGGAUUGCCAUCUCUAGACUCUACCUCUCAGCAAUCAACAACCACGGAAAUCCAUUCUACUUGGUGCUCAACUUCUGCCUCAACUUCUCUCCUAUUUUCAUAUGGCUCUCGAUCUUUAAGAAUGCGGGAAUCAUCCCUCACGGGUGGAGGCCCACCAUCCAUGUCAAGAUUGUUUAUUACAUUGACCUCUACUUCUUUGAAAUCUCUAUUAUCGGGAUUAUCUGCGGUAUUGCCACCUUAGUGCUCUCUUAUUUCAUGUAUUUGUGGGUGUUCCAGCUGAAGAACGCCGUUCGCGGUCAUCGUCGUCGUCGUCGCGGCGAAGGCACGGAUGAUUUCAUCCCGCUAUCCACAUUUGAACAACAUCAUCAUCAUGAUGAUACUAUUGAUGAUAAUAUAUUCGAAGUGAACGAUGAUGAAGAUGAUGACACAGAAAAUGGUUCCUAUCAGGACAGUCAUAUCGGUCAUCAAAGCCAACAAUCGAAAAAUAGAUUUGACGAAUCACUGUCAUCCUCCACCGAAAAUGAACAAAAACCCUAUGAUGAGGAAGAAGAAGAAGAAGAAGAUCUGGAUGAAAUAGCUGUCGACGUGGAAAAUGGAAUAGUCAUUGGUCCCGAAUCCCGGUUCAACCCAUCAUUGCCUCCUGGAUACUCUCCUAUCUUUAUCGUAUUAUUAUUGGGUCUUUCGUGGCCAAUUCUUAACAUCGAUUACUACCUUGCUCAACCAGAAUUCAUCACCAGCGCAAGAGAUAUUUUCUCUUGGGUUCUAUACGUGCUUUGUCACCUUAUUGUCCCAAUCGUUACCGCAGUAUACCUUUAUGUUUUCCAGCCGCCUGGAGCCGUCAAAUACUUCUCCAUCAUUUUGGGGUGUCAGAAUAUCGCCGGGGUGAUCACCCAUCUACUUUUCCCUAAUGCUCCACCAUGGUUUAUUCAUCUUAAUGGCCUUGAUAUCACUCCUGAUUACGAUAUGCCAGGGUACGCUGCCGGUUUAACUCGGGUCGACGUGGCCAUGGGUACUCAUUUGAAUUCCAAAGGGUUCCACAAAUCGCCAAUUGUCUUUGGAGCCUUCCCUUCAUUACACUCAGCAAUGGCGGUGCAGACUUUCUUGCAUUUGAAUUAUUAUUCCCGUUGGUGGGUCGUCAAGCUUGCCGGGUUGAGUUUUGUGGUGAUCCAAUGGUGGGCCACCAUUUAUUUGGACCAUCAUUUUAGAUUAGACCUUCUUUGUGGAUUGAUUUACGCGUAUGUGUCUUUUAUAAUUUUCCAAAAGACAAAAUUGCCUGCGGUUUAUGAAAGAUUCUACAAUGGAUACUGGUUUGAUCAGUCAUUGGCCGGUACUAAUAUGGGGAUGAGGGUAUUCAAUAACACUCCAUUGAAAAAAUUCUUUGAUCCUUAUAGUUGA